AUGUUUUUCAUAUUCGGAAAUCUGAUCUAUAUCAUUGUUCUUCUCACCAAUGCCGUCGCAAUCUUAUCCGAAGAUCGUUUCCUCGCACGCACCUUUGGCGGAAACAGCGCAGACACGAGUAUCAAAUCAAAACUUGUGAAUUUGAUGACGAGUGUUAGGACGCUCAUGAGGAUCCCCCUAAUAGGCAUCAAUUCCGUAAUCAUCAUCUACGAAUUAGCCCUAGGAUGA